CGGGUAUAAACCGCUUAUAAACGUACAAGAAAAAGUGAAGUUAUAUGUGGGAAUAUAUUAGUGACGCACUCACAAGUUGAAGUACUCACUUACUCAAGUAUGAACGGCCGUGCAACAGUGCGCCGCGCAUGGUAAUUAUUAUAUGGUAGAAUGCGCGCAUGCGUGCCGUGCCCGCGACGUGAAUGAGCAGACGAAUUGAUUGGUGGGGGAAGAGAGAGGAAGAAACGCAAUGGCACACGGUAAUGCGAUAGAUUCGAUAUUGCGAUAACGGGUAGUAGAGUGGCGCAGCAGACUCGUCGUGCGCAUGACCGCACCGGUAAGUAGACGCGACGAAACGACCAUCUCGUCUGCUCUUGUGUUGAUUAUUUUUUAUGGACUUUCAAUAAGCAUAAUAUUAUAAUAUUUUAAAAGACAAUGAUAUAACGUACGAUAGUCCCGAUCUCAUGAGAGAAUUCGUAAUCUCGAGGUUAACUUUCGUCCGAGCAUACCUAAAAAAUGUCAAAUUCUCGAGAGGCCGAGGUACAAAAUCUGAAGGAACUAGGAAAUGCCUGUGUUAAGGAACAGAAAUAUGAAGAGGCUAUGUUUCAUUAUACUCAUGCUAUCAAAUUAGAUCCACAAAAUUAUUCUCUCUACAGCAAUCGUUCCUUUGUCUUUUUAAAGAUGCAACAAUAUCACUUUGCGAUGGAAGACGCUCUGAUGACUAUACAAUUGAAACCUGACUGGACGAAAGGUUAUUUUAGGAAAGCCGAAGUAGAAUCGCAAACUUUCCGUUUUAGCGAAGCUCUGCAAUCAUAUAACAAAGCAUUGUCGUUGCAACCAAACGAGCCUGGAAUUUUGAAAGCAAUUAAUAAAGCAUCUGGAAUGCUGAUGAAGGAUAGAAGAGCCGAUCAGCAAAUCCCAUGGCUCGGCGCUGGAGUCGGUAUCAUUCUUGGUGUAAUAGUCGUUAUAGCAGAUUAUGUAUUUACAAACAAGCCCACAUUGACGCACCCAUUAUUAAUGGCCUUACUGACGAUUUCGAUCGCAAUGCUAGGAUUCUGUAUUGCAAAAGGAUUUCGUUAUUUCGUAAAAUGUCAAAGGAAAUCAUUACUAGAACCACCGAUAGAUCUUUAUCCCGAAAGCAACAAGGACGAGUUUGAGAAUGUCGAAGCCGAUAAGGAAAGUGAAAAAGAAAGACAUCCAAAAUAUAGUAAAGCUUUAGCUAGACAAAGGUUCAAAAAAGGAAAAUCGUAGUGUGUUUUUCGUUAAAAAAUCUUCUUUUCUUGUUGCAUUUUUAUAUAUUAAUCGGAGAUUUAUCGUAUCUACUUAUGCAUUGCAUUUGAUUUAUUUAUCAACUCUAUCUUCAAAAUGAGAUAUUCUUUCUCUCUCUCUCACACACACACACACACACACACACACGUGCAUUUGGAUUCAUUAUUAUCCAUAAUAAGUGAAAACACAGAUAGAUUUUUAUAAACCAUUAAAGGAAUUAAAAACAAUAUAAUCUCAGUUAGGUUUUAUGAUAAUGGAAUUUUUAUAUACACUCUCGGAAACAUAAAUAUUGAAUAUUUAUCCCAAUUAAAUAUAAUACAACGAGUCUUUUUUUUCAUCAAAGCCGUUGAAUUAUAUAUUGGUAGAGAUAUACCGAUUAUUACGUUUUUACUUACAUAUAUAAUAUCCCUUUCAUAUAUCUCAACUCUGUAAUAGUGCUCGCUUAUAUACACGACUAUUUACAUCUGGCCGAAUUUAGCCCCGACCUCGAUAAAAUAUAUUAUACGAAGAAAGAUCAUACAUACGUCCAGUACGAUUAUUUCUUAUCGACGUUAUAUCAUAUUAGCAAGGCUAGAAUUAGAAUUGUAUCAACUGUUGCAGCAUCAUUGUGCGUAACAUUGAUGCAAGAACAAAAUGAUAAAAUACGUGAAAUUAAUCGAAAUGUUUCAAUUCCUCGAGUAUAUUCAGAGAAUUUUUUACAAGAAAAUUAUCUUAUAAAAAAAGAAAAAGAAAGAUAAUGAAAUAAUAUGUCUAUACGAUAAAUUUAUACUUUUAAACGUUUGUUUAAGUAAUCUUUCGAGAUCGAAACAAAUCACGGGAGAUCAAUUAUUUUUACUUUUUACAAUGAAAACGCUAGCAGUUUGAACGGCCAAUUUACCUGACUCCUCGCGCGUACUUUUCAUUAUACAUAUAAUGAUUAAUAUAAUGCAACUUUUCGUCAAGAUUAUAAAGUUUGCACGAGAGGUCAUCUUAAAAGGUCUAACGUUUCUCCCUUUCUCUCUCUCUCUCUCUCUCUCUCGCGCGCGCGCGCGCGCGCGGCUUCCCCCCCCCCCCCCCCCCCCCUCUAUCCAUUAUUUAUAUACAGAUUCCGCUAUUAUAUGAUACACGCAUCGUAUUUAUGCAUCUUUUGCUAUAUAUUUCAAUUUUACGAUAUAAAUACGCGUUGGUAGAUAUUUAUUGAAACGAAUUGUAAAAGAUUUUGAAAUCAUUUUGAAUCUAUAUCAAAUCUCAGAAAUUUUGACAAUGAGAAAUAAAGUUUGAACAAAUAAUAAAAAUUUAUUUUAUUAAGGACGUUGGGCACUUUUUGCUCAUAGCGCAUGUGACAGAAAUGCGAAGUUAAAAUUUGGAGUCAUUCGCCAUACGUUCUAUAAUCUAGAUAUAGAUUUCGCUAGAUCGCAGUAAUACCGAUCAAGUUAUAUGGAGGUUGCUUCUUCCUGGAGGAAGUUCAGUUUCCGCUUGGGAACUGACAGCAGGACAGUCGAAAACUUCAAUAAUCGCCAUUGAAUACGAACGUCUGCAUUUUCAGAAUUUCGAACAUUAUUAAAAGUAAACUAUUACAGAACUAUAAAUUUUGAAUGCAUUGAUCAUGGCUAUAUGUAAAUGUCUAUUUAUAAAUUUGUCGUUAGUUUAUCGUAUAUGUAAUAUCGUAUGGUGCUGUGAUUACCGGCCAAAUUGAAAUUACUUUUUGCGUUAAAAAUUACGUUAUGUUGAUAUACGUCAAACUUCUUGAACCAUCAAUGGAAUAUUUUUAUUUGUCUCUUAACAUAUUUUCAUUUUCUUCAUUUUAUUUAUUCGUAAACGUAUAUGUAAUUACAAGGUUUUCGUACCAUUUUUUAAUCUUUAAUAAAUAUAUCUUAAACUGGCGGUGAGCUAUGACGGUUGUAUGGACAGUUGGUAUCUCUUGAGCUAUACAUAUAGGCAUCGUUCUUUUCUACUUGAUAAAUUCAUUACGAACAAAUUUCUUAUUAUUUUCAACUGUACAAAACUUUGCAUUCGUUAUUGAAGUAAUUAUUUUGAAUGUUGCGAACUUGUCUCUCUCUCUCUCUCUCUCUCUCUCUCUCUCUCUCUCUCUCUCUCUCUCUCUCUCUAUCUAUCUAUCUAUCUAUCUAUCUAUCUCGUAAACACUAUAAAAUUAAUAAAUAUUUAAGUAGUAAUAUAUAUUGCAUAUGGCGAAUCCACAAGCAGCGCAGGACACACAUCUUUUUAUUCUACUGAUUACUAAUAAUAUCCUGAAUUUGAACAUUACAUUUAAUAAUACGCUAUACACUUUUAUUCAAUAUUUCUUAGAACAACGAUCGAUAAGACAAAUUAUAAAUUGUCCUUGUUGUUGUUUGUCUUUGAUAGCUACAAAAAAUUUACAACUCUAUUAAUAAAAAUAUAGACAACUUAAACAGA